CGUCUGAUCACAUCAGAGUUGUUGAACGUUGCGUUGCUUAGCAGCUGACGCCAUUUUCAAUGUUUUGCUUGGACACUUGUUGCACAUGUCAUAACCGAAAGUGAAAGGGCUACUUUAUCGUUUUGCUCUGUACAGUUAAAUCAGUGAUCGAUCCAGAAUUUUCAACAAGUUAAAAGAUGCUUUCCAGUAGUAAUCAUGGAAGAACCUGAAAAGAAGAUACUUGAUCAACCAUUUGUUGAGGAAAUAGGAGACACUAGCGCUGUUGAGUGCUCACUCCCCCCACAUAUCACCACACUGGAAACUGAGGGACAGAAUCAGGAAGAAAAAGAUAAAUCAAAAUUUGAUGUGCCAAAGAACAUUGAUGAGAUAGAGUCUGCCCAAACUACAGUUGAUGAUGCCAAAGUUCAAGAAAAUUCUGCAAAAGCAGAGUUCAGGAAAAAGUUUCCUAAUAUUUUGACCAAAAAGUUCUUGAAACAACAUUGUAAAGACAUGAAGCUGUACUGUACCCCAUCUCUGAAUGAUGUUCUCUACCUGCAUUACAAAGGUAUCUACGAAAUAGAGAAUCUGGACGAAUACACGGGACUCAAGUGUCUGUGGCUGGAGCACAAUGGCAUCAGGUUCAUUGAGAACCUACAGCACCAGAAGGAACUGCGCUGCCUGUACUUGCAGCACAACCUCAUUGAGCAUCUGGAGAAUCUGGAACCACUGGAGAAGCUUGAUACUCUUAAUGUCUGCAACAACCAGAUUUCACAGAUUGAAAACAUAGCGUGUUUAAAGGUUCUGCACACCCUCCAGAUCUCCCACAACAAACUUCAGACAGUACAAGACAUUGAGCAUUUAAAGUACUGUGAUGAACUUGGUGUACUGGACCUUUCGUACAACAGACUGGAUGACCCAGGCGUCUUGGAUGUCUUUGAACAGAUGAAGAAUCUGCGUGUGUUAAAUGUGAUGGGAAAUCCAUUUGUUCGUGAGGUCAAAUACUACAGGAAGACCUUUACAGUCCGGCUGAAAGAGUUGCAGUACCUUGAUGAUCGUCCUGUCUUUCCAAAAGACAGAGCAUGUGCAGAAGCAUGGGCUAGAGGGGGGCUGGAGGCUGAAAAGCAGGAGCGGCAGAGAUGGCAGGACCAAGAAAACAGAAGAAUCUUGGACAGCUGUGAUGCAUUGCUUGGGAUUCGAAAGAGAUCUGAAGCCAAACGGAUUGAAGAUGAACUUAAUGCGAAAAAUGCGGCUGAAGGAAAGACAGAAAGGGUCAAGGUGAAACCUGAGUCUGUUGAUUGGCUUUAUGGUACUUAUGAGCUGGAGGAACAGGACAAAGCAGCAGUAGAGGAGAGACCCGAGGAUCAGAAGCUAGAGUUCAGUGAGACAGAACUGAAAACUGAAAGGUUGCCUACAGAUGAAUCAAAAUUACACACUUCAGAAAAUCCCAAGACACCAAUUCACCUUGAACCUGGACAGCCAGAAGAUGAUGUUCCGCUAAUUACCAAGAAGUCACCAGAACAAACUAUGGGUAUAUUUUCCAAACCAAAAUUGGAGUUGAAGACAAAAAUACUGAUUACAGAAAUGGAAGACAAAGGACCAGAUGAAGAACCAGAGGAUUUGCCAGACCUGGAGGAGGUGGAAAUAGUACCUAGAGCACUUGUACAGGAAUCAUUCAGACCGAAAAUUGAAGUACUUGAUGACAGUGAUGGAGAGGAAGGCAAUGAAUUGCCCCAGUUUUCACCUAAAACAUCUGCGUCCACUGUUUCUUGUCAGAGACCUUUGAUUGAGGAAGUUGUGACUCUGGAUGAAAUCCAUUUGGAAUCUAGAAAUGAGGAGUCUGCAAAAUUUUUGAACGAUCUGGAAACAAUUACAGACUUCAGCAUGGCAAAAUCUGGAGGAUUGGGCAUAUCCCAAACAGGCAAUGAGCAUGCAGGAAUCCUUGACGUGGACCAAGUUAAAAAGCUGGCAGAUUUAGUGCACAAGGCUGACGAGGGCAGUACUCAAGCGACUGUUGACGGGAUGGGUGAUUUGGACUAACAUGCAGCAGCAUUUUUAUCAUGCUUUUCACAUAAUCUCUACACUAAAAAUGAUUUUUGUUUGGUGUUGUUAUGUGUUGUCCUGUUGCAAGAACAUAAAAUAUAACUUUGACUUCUUAGUGUUUACAAAAUGCCAGAAAAAGAUGGAGGAAAAUGCUCAAAAUGGAAGCACAUAUAAGUUUAUCUUUGAUAUAGAGCAGGGGUGGGGAACGUCUGGCUCGCGGCCACAUAUGGCUCACAAAAUCUUUUGAUGUGGCCCACAAAAGAAACCGCAGAUUUCGAUAAAUCUAGAAGCUUUUUCAUAAACCAAUAUGAGCAUAUGUCACAUUGAGAAUAGGGAUCUGGUGAGGGAAAACCACCACCAAGAAUCUACCGACAGUGACACUUUAAGCCACUGAAGUCGAAUAUCUGUAUGCCUGAAUGUCAGUCACGUUUCAAGUCUGCAGGUUUUUAUUCUCAGUCCCAGUGGAGUAGUUAGAUGGGCUGGUGGGGCAGUGGAGCUAGCAAAGAUGUAGGCAGCGCUAUGAUGGUAUUGAAAGGAUGCUGGAAGUAGAUUAUUUAUAUUCUACAGCUUGACCAAAUAGAGCAAGCUAAUUUUCAAGUAGAUAUAAUAUUAUAAAUAUAUAAAUAGCCCUUAGAGAAAAAAAGUUCUCCACCCCUGACAUAGACAUGUCAAUAACAAAAAUGAAGAGGUAGCUAUGUCUACUUGGUAUGAAAAAAAAAGAAUAAGUGCAUUCAGAUAUUUUGCUAUAAAGUGCAGAAUGAGCUCAACUUAGUCACUACUUUGUAUGUUUGGAAGACUGCAUGAUUCAAUAAAGGUGACACAUUUCCAGGUGAUAAACAUAAUGGUCUGAAUUUAUUUUAUAUAGAAGAAAUGUGCAAACAAUUGAAGGAAGAAUGUAAUUGAU